AUGCAUCGCAAUCAGAUCGCUCAAUAUUUGCUAUCCAGCCUGGCUUUCGCAAUUGCAGUGAUAGCUUAUGACUCCUCGCUCAACUUCCGACCGGACAAUGUGACUUUAAAUGGGCUAUACCACUGGGUUGGGUCAUAUUACAAUGGAACCACGCGGGUUGAGAUCACGCCCUUUUCCGGAUUUGCAGCGAAGGAGAAAGAGCAGCAUGAUGGAGCUUGGUGCCCGAAUCUGCAAGGCAAAAGCUUUAACACCACAUUCGCUACACUUCUUGCUCUCACCGAGCCUAGCAAAUACAAUGCCCCCAACAUUCCUGUAAAUGCCUUUUUCACCCUUUGGGACUAUGACUAUGACUUUUCUGUGGAGGAUUAUGAUGCGCUUUUCGAGUUUCCUUGGGAAUGGGGACUGUUUUCUUCUAAUCCAGUGUUCGAAUAUUAUACAUUGGAGGAAACUAAAACGAAGUCCUACUUCAACUUCACACUUGAGAAAACCGACAGCGCGCCCUACAAUCUCUCAGCAACAAUUCGUGAACAUGGAAGGCUUGACCUGUUCGAUGGAGAUAAAUCCUUGGAUUUCAAUAUGACCGCCUGUAAUUCUUCUAGAGAGGUUACCUGGACUAGCGGCCUGAUUUCUGACAACUGGUGGAGCAAAAUGGCUUCUAACAUUUCCUAUCCAGAUCCUAGUCUUGAUAUCCAGUUUGACAGCAGGAACGCAAACCUUACUUUGGAUGGAUACAUUUCAGCUCGCUCUCCUAACUUAUAUGGAGCCGAUACUAAAAUCGAAGCAAAGAUCAAACUCGACUCCGACUUGGGUAAGAACCAUUGGGUUUGGUCCUGGAAAGAGCAAUGGAUCGAGCAACAGGGAAUCCCCUAG